CAAUCAACGCAACUCACUCGACACCUUAUUCAGGAAGAUGGUGGCGCUGAGAGCGUUGCUGCUGGUGCUGCUGCUGGUAAUGGCAGCAGUGACACAUGUGCAGGGCGGCAAGAGAGACUGUGAGGCGGCUGGCGGGAGCUGUGUUCCCGCCAAAACCUGUGACGUCACCCCUUCUGAACAUGGCUGCCAGGAGCAAGAUGCAGUCUGCUGCAUUAAUACUCCAACACAAGAGAAUACUGAACAAAAGAAACACAGAACCUUCAGAAACAAAAAGGCUAAAAGGAUAAGGAAGCAAGACAAGCUAAAUAAGAAAAAGAGAAUUAGCAAGAAAGCAUACCGGCUGAAGGAGCCCAAAGAUAAAGUGAGGAAGCUGAGAGCUGGUCGCCAUGACACCAGAGAUGAAGGUGACGACAGAGACGGAUAUGGAGAAGGAGGCAACGCUUGCAAGGAGAUGGGCGGACAGUGUCACCCCAAGAAAUACAAGUGUAAGAAGAUUAAAGCCAAGGGAUGUGCAAGAGGAGAAAAAUGCUGUGAAGGAACCCAUGGUGGACCAGAACACCAUGGUGGUAUGAUGGGUCCCCCUGGUCACCCAGGUCGCCCUGGAGCUGUUGGAAAACCAGGUCCUCCCGGUCCUGCAGGGCCGGUAGGUCCUUCAGGGCCGGUAGGUCCCUCAGGUCCCCAAGGUCCUCCCGGAAAAGGCGGAAUACCUGGCACAAACGGUACUAACGGUAUAAAUGGUGUUCCUGGCAUAAACGGUACUCAAGGCAAGGCUGGCUCUCCUGGAGUGGCCGGUCCUCCAGGCAAAGAUGGCGCUCCUGGUAUGGUCGGUCCUCCAGGCAUGAACGGUUCAGCAGGAAAGAAUGGCAUUCCGGGCAAGGACGGUGCUAAUGGCACAAACGGUGCACCCGGUAUGGACGGUGCUCCAGGCUUGCCCGGUCAUCCAGGCAGGAGGGGAGAGCCAGGCACCAACGGUAUUCCAGGUACUAAUGGUUCUAACGGCAAAGACGGUGUUCCAGGUAUUAAUGGCGUUAAUGGUACUAACGGUAAAGACGGUGCUACAGGAGCUCAAGGGAUUCGAGGUCUCCCAGGUCUUCCAGGUCCUCCAGGAGUCAAUGGCAUUAACGGUGCUAACGGAGCACCAGGUUUUAAUGGUACUAAUGGUCUACCAGGUUCUCAAGGUCCUCCAGGAUCUAUAGGUGCAUCAGGACCUCCUGGACCAGCAGGACCUGCAGGACCACCAGGAGCCACAGGGUCACAGGGAGCUGUAGGUCCUGUAGGCCCAGCAGGACCUGCAGGAGCAAAUGGAACAAAUGGUGCACCUGGACCACCAGGAGCACAAGGAGCUACUGGAGUUCCGGGACCACCAGGUGCUACUGGAGCUCCAGGAGCAGAAGGAGCAACUGGUGCUAUAGGUCCAAGUGGACCUCAAGGAGUAAGUGGGCCUCCAGGUCCUCCAGGGCCUCCAGGAGCUACUGGUGUUGCAGGACCACCUGGGUCUCCAGGACCUCCUGGUCCCCCAGGUUCAUCAAAUCCUCCUGGAAACUCAGGAGGAGGUAAGAAGUAAAAGUUGUCCACAGUCUACAAGCCAAAGUAUUGCAGCUAAGGUGAUUGGACUGUUGAAGAAAAGUGGAACUGGAAUAUCCAUUAGGUAAACUGAUUAUGUAUAUGGAUGAACACCUACAGCCAGAACAACUGAGGUGUAUGGAUCAAUACCCACAGCCAGCACUACAGAAAGGUACAUGGAUCAACUCCCAGUCAGGCCUACAUGCGUAGAGGUGAAUGGCUCCACAACCUGUAACUCGUUACUAAGCAAUGAGAACCAACGCACUGCAUGCUGUAUACUACAGUUGAGUUCUCUAUAUUUUUUCUGAUGGUUCUUGUUGUCUGGUUGUUCCACAGGUAAUUUAUUUCAAAGUUGUUAUUCUAUUUGCUUUAUCAGCUGACUCAUACAGAAGUGAAAAUGUCUCUUCACCAAAAUUGUCAUCAGUUAUUGUAUUAGUUAUAUGUCAUCAAUUAUUGUAUUAGCUGAGUUAUCAACCGCUAUGUUUGGCGACGCAAAUGUACCCAAAUGUUGUUAUUUAUACUAUUUAUUAAGUAUAUUAUUGCAUAAAAAAUUAAAAUGGCUUCUUUCUGUGGAACUUCAUGAUUGGCUGUAAUAUUUUUUUUUUAAAUAUAAUUUGCAUAUUA